AUGCGGUUCUUUUCUCACAGGAGCAGAUUUGAUGCAGUUCUCCAGAAACGGAAUCUCCUUGCGGUAGAGGAUUAUAGUGCAUCUGGUGUGCAACAGACAAGUUUAACGCACAAUUCUACAUACUCUGAAGGUGUUUGUUCACGUGAUUGUCUCAAUGGUGGCUUUUGCAGUGGGGCUGAUACAUGUGACUGCACUGAGCGCCAGGCCAAUGGAAGUCGUUGUCAGACAGUUCCAAAUCUUGGAGAAGACAGAGAAGGAAUAUGCAAGUCCUGGGGCCAAUAUCAUUUUGAAACUUUCGAUGGUGUCUAUUUUUAUUUUCCCGGGGAAUGCUCAUAUAUUCUUGCAAAAGACUGUAGGACAACAGAGCCUCAGUAUAUGGUGGAGAUACACAACAAUGCAGAGUGCACAUCUUCACAUUACUCUUGCUCCAGGACUUUAAGCUUAUUUUUUCCAAAUGAAGAAGAAAUAACUAUUCUUGGUCAUUCAGUUACAAAAGGAAGAACCAGAUUGCCCUUGCCUCAGACGAUUGGGCAUGCAUUCUUUGAGCGCCUGGCUGAUUACAUACUUGUUAAGACAACAUUUGGAUUUUCCUUGGCAUGGGAUGGGCUCUCUGGUGUUUAUAUCAAGCUUACAGAGGAACACAUUGGCAAACCCUGUGGUCUAUGUGGUAAUUACAAUGGAGAUAUGUCUGAUGAUCUCAACACAAGCUAUAGUAUGCUGACUGAGGAUAUUGCAGUCUUUGGAAACAGCUGGAUGUCACAAUCUCCUUUUGAUUCCCCAUGUGAAUCUGUUCCAUUUGAUUUCCCUAGCCCAUGCCGGUAUAAAGGAGCAACAAUUAAUGAUAUCAUUGCAAAAUGUGAAGUUCUGCUGGGUUUCCCUUUUUUUACUUGUCGUGAAAAUGUUCAGCCUAAUUCAUAUGUCACCAGUUGUAUUAAUGAUCUGUGCGAGGUGGAUGAUACUGAAACUCAUUGUCGUGCGUUAAAGGAGUAUGCCAGGGCAUGUUCUCAUGCAGGCUACCCCAUCGCAGACUGGAGAAAUGAUUUUCCUGCUUGUAUUGAUCAGUGUGAAGAUAGUUUUGUUCAUCGUGACUGUAUUAGCUGUUGUCCACCAACUUGUACAUUUGAAAAGGAGUGCUUGGGGAGCAGUUUACACUGCCUCGAUGGAUGUUACUGCCCUGAUGGACUUGUCCUGGAGAAUGGAACGUGUAUAUCAGUAUCUAAUUGUCCAUGUGUAUUCCAUGGCAUAGUCUAUCCUAUUGGAUCGCAUUUACAAGAGGGUUGCAAUAUGUGUGUUUGCAGAGGUGGCGUUUGGAAUUGUACAGACAGUGAUUGCCCAGCUGAAUGCUCAGUCACAGGAGACAUGCAUUUUACCACCUUUGAUGGUCGGAUUUUUACAUUUCUUGGCACUUGUCAGUACAUCUUUGCAAAGAGCCACAGAAGUAACCAGUUCACUGUGGCACUGCAAAAUACACCUUGUAGUCAGAACCUGGAUCACAGCUGCAUUCAGUCUGUAACCCUGGUGAUAGGAGGUGAUACAAGCAACCAAGUAACCUUAACCAGAACAGGAGAAAUCCACCUUGGCAUCCACCAGGCAAUUAGCCUGCCAUAUAACAAUGGAAUAAUUGAAAUCCUUAGGUUGUCUUCUUUAUUUAUACAAGUGAAGACAGCCUUUGGACUCUCAAUGAAGUUUGAUAACGAAGGUGGAAGGCUAUAUCUCCAGGUUGACAGCAGUUGGAAGGGGAACACUGUGGGUCUGUGUGGAACGUAUAAUGGAAAUCUACGAGAUGACUUUCAUUCCCCUGUAGGUAUGAUUGAAGGUACUCCACAGUUACAUGCCAAUGCAUGGAAGAUUUCAUCUGCCUGCAUAGCCCCAGUAAAUAUUCCUUUAGUUGAUCCCUGUGAUACCAACCAACAAAAUGCUUUAUAUGCAACCACAAUGUGUGAUGUUCUCAAUCAAGAACUCUUUGCACCGUGCCAUACCUUUGUGAAUCCCAGCCUCUAUUAUCAGCAGUGUCGUUAUGAUGCCUGCAAAGGCGGAAGGUUCUGCAUGUGCACUGCUCUUGCACACUAUGCCUACCUUUGUGCCAAACACAAAGUUUUCAUUGACUUCAGAUCGAAAGUGUCGGACUGUGGUGUUACCUGUCCGGUUAACAUGUUGUACCACACCUGUUCUUCCUCUUGUGGUCGCACCUGCCAGUCCCUUUCUUCAUAUGCAGUUUGUGGUGGUGAUUGUGCCGAAGGCUGCAACUGCCCCAAUGGAACAUUUUAUGAUGAAAUAAUACAUCGCUGUGUAACAGAAUCGCAGUGCUCCUGUCACUUUAUGGGAGGAAUAUUUCAGGCAGGAGAAGUCACAUUUAGUAAUUCGGGACCAUGUUUGUGCAGGAAUGGAAGAGUAGGGUGUGCUCCCACAGAUCCAGAACCUGAACCAGGGGUCUGCCCACAGAAUAAAAGAUACUUUGACUGUCGAGACCCUCUGCCUGGCCUGCCUUGGACUGGAGCAGCUUGUGAGGUCACGUGUGAAAACCUGAUGAUGAACGUUACCUGCUCACCCAUGACUCCAUGCAUUUCCGGCUGCAUUUGUCCUCCUGGAUUGAUUAAGCAUGGUGAUGACUGCUUUUUGCCUGAAAGUUGCCCAUGCCGUUGGAAAGGGCAGGAAUAUUUGCCUGGGGAAGUGGUUUCCACACACUGUUACACUUGUAUAUGUCAGCGAGGAGUUUUUAACUGCACAUACCACCCGUGUCCCGCAGUCUGUACCGUUUAUAGUGAUCGGCAUUAUCGCAGCUUUGAUGGCCUGGAGUACGAUUAUGUCAGUGACUGCCAAGUAUACUUAGUAAAGAGCACCAACAAUUUGAAUGUUUCCAUAACAGCUCAAAAUGUGGAUUGUUAUGAUAAUGGAAUAAUUUGCAUGAAGUCCCUUAUUAUUUCUGUUGGAAACACCCAUCUUAAUUUUAAUGACAACUCUGGGAAACCAACUCUGUCUGGAGUGAGAAGGGAAACCAAUGAUUUUCAGCUGUGGAAGGCAGGUUACUACUCAGUGGUAUACUAUCCAGAGCUGGAGAUUACAGUGUUCUGGGAUAAAAAGACAACGAUUCACAUUCAGGUCGGACCCCAGUGGCAGGGUAAGCUAACGGGAUUGUGUGGAAAUUUUGACAAAAUCACAGGGAAUGACAUGACAACAUCAAGCAACAUGGAAGUAAGCAAUGCCCAGUCUUUUGGAGAUAGCUGGGCUCUUGGACAGUGUGUGAGUAGGAAUGGUAUCACUCGGCCAUGUGAAGCGGAUUUAAUCCGGCAACCAUUUGCAAAGAGGGAAUGUGCUGUUCUCUAUAGUGAAGUGUUCGCUCCUUGUCAUAAUGUGGUUGACGUCACCUGGUUUUACAAAAAUUGCCUCACUGACACGUGUAACUGUAACCGUGGUGGGGACUGUGAAUGCUUCUGUACCAGUGUGGCAGCUUAUGCACACAAAUGCUGUCAGAAGGGAGUGGCGAUUAGCUGGAGGUCACCUAGUGUUUGCCCUUUUGACUGUGAAUAUUACAAUCGAGAUCUUGGAGAAGGACCAUAUCUGCUCAUUAACUACUUGUGGAAUGAUACAGUUAUUGCAAGCAACAGGAUAAAUGGGGACAUUAUACCUUUGCAAAUAAGCAAUGCUGGCGAGAACAAUUUAAGGAAUUUCAUGAUUACACCUGGAUUGUACAAGGCAAAGCAAUCAACACUGCCUGUUGUUUCCCUUGAGUCUGCUGAAAGACCAAAUUACUUCCUACACACGGGUGAAAGUGAUAAUCUACGAUUAGUGCAAUGGGAGGACAACCAACAUUUUCAUAAAGCCGCAUCAUUCAUCCAUCACCAGAGCAACUGGAUCCCAGGCUAUAGUACCUUUGAAUUAUACAGUAGGAAAGGAUAUUUCAUCUCGCUGACACCAUCCGUGGUGAAAGUAGCUCAAUAUGAGUACUCAGAAUCAUUUAUAUUCUCAAGUAGCUUCAGAAUUGAAGAAAGCAGCGAGGUUAUACCAUACAGAACAAUGUGUGAAUUUCGAUAUGAAGCAUGCACCAGUCCUUGCAUCAAGACAUGUAGUGACCCUCAUGCAAUAGCCUGCAAGUUUUUAUCACCGGUAGAGGGAUGUAUGGCACAUUGCCCAAAGGACAUGCUGUUUGAUGAAGUCACACUCAGAUGUGUUCAUCCAGUGGACUGUAUCAAUGUAACUGCAACAGAUUUACCUUACCUAACACCAACAACAUCUACAAGAACUGAGGCAGUGUCCAGAUCAUCUACCACACCAAUGACUCCAACAGUAAGACAGUUAACAACUUCCAUUACUGGCCCAUCAACGUCUCGUUCAACAGUUCCCUCAAAACCCGUGGUAACUAUUUCUACAUCGGCUUACGCAACAUCUUUUUCAUCCACGGAACUUCCAACCUUAAGUUCUCCAUCUGUUGGGAGUAAUGGGACAACAGCGGUUUCAGGUCCACGUCAAACCUCCAUUUCACCUACUGAAAAGGUGCUGCCUUCCAUAAGUACUGCUUUUCCAACUAGCAACCGGUCUGAAGUGGUAAUUUCCUCAACACGUGUUGCAGAAGCUACUGUUCAGCCAGAAGUGAUAAAGACUCAGUAUAGCACACCCAGUGAAAGUACACCAUUAAGCGGACAGACAGAAGUGGAGAAGGCUGAAAUCACAACAGAGGCGAUUACCAGCCAGCCUGCUGCACCAGUUACCACAAGCAAGGAAACCACCCUCACUCCAGAAGUCCCUGUCGUCCAUGAAACCUCACCGAUUUCUCCAAUUUCAGCUUCCUCUCCGAGUGUCCUGGAGACAGUCACCUUGGACCUGUCCACUGCAUCACUGACUUCUCCAUCUACUCCAACAACACCUAUUUCUGCAGCUCCGUCUCCUUCUCAGCCAGAUGCUGCAAUUACCUUUGGUAUCUCAACAAUACCCUCUUAUUCUCAAACUGCACCACCAUCAGUGACUCCAUCAUCUUGCAUAUGUCCUUUUAAUGUGACACAGCCAAGCUGUGGUUUUUUGGGAAUGCCUGUCCAAGUCAACAGUGAUAGGUGCUGCCCACAAUGGGAGUGUCCAUGUCGCUGCUCAGUAUUCUCUGACCUACACAUCAUUACAUUCGAUGGCAAUGAUGUUGGAGUUUAUGAUGCUGCAGCCUAUGUACUGACUCUGUUACCACAAGAAACUAUUGUUGCCCAUGUUGAACAGUGUCCAACCCGUGAGAGUGCAAAUUCUAUAAGGCGUCCUGUGCCAGGAGGAAACUCUGGAUUAUGCUUUAAAAAGCUGAACAUAACCUCACGUAAACACAGAGUUCUCAUCGAUAGACUUGACAGACUGACAACAGUAAACUCCAGACCUGCUCGCCUCCCCUUCACAAAAUUGGGUUUCCACAUACAGGAUACUGGAGCAAUGUACCUGAUUGGAACCCCAGCUGGUGUGACUAUUCAGUGGUAUCGUAGCACAGGUGUCAUUGUGUUGGAAUUUGGUUUGCCUUCCAACAGAACCAUCGGAACUAAAGGCUUAUGUGGUUGCUGCAAUGGUAGCCCUGCUGAUGAUCUCAAGCUGCCGAAUGGGACCAUUGUCACAGAAGUAGAAAAUAUAGGACUUUUUCUUGAAAGCUGGAUGGUCGAAACAUCUGGACUGGAGAGAGAUUGUUUUCGUUGUCGAAAACAGAACUGCACCAUUGGUAACUGUACUGCUUGCUUUGAAAUGUUGAAUCAAAAUCCUUGGAUCCUAUGCCAUCAGCACGUCACUCCAGAAAUAUUUUGUGAACUCUGGAUUAGAGAUUUUCACUAUGUGACACAUCAGUGUGAUGCCCUGGCUUUAUAUGCAGCUGCUUGUAAUAAAUACAAUGUCUGUAUUCCGUGGAGAACUCCAGAAUUUUGUCCACUUAGCUGCCCUGUUGGCAUGGAAUACCAACCUUGUGUGCCAGCUUGUGAAAGCAAAAUGUGUCAGAAUAAGGACUUCUAUUUGGAACACGACCCCACCUGUUCAUUUAUCAGCGAGAGCUGUGUCUGCCCUCGAGGGACUGUGCUGCACCAACCAGAUUCCAACUACUGUGUUUCCGAAGAAAAAUGUGCUUGCACAGACAAUGAAGGCCAACCACGGUCAGCAGGUGAGACCUGGAAUGGAUCUCAUAAAGGGUGCUGUAUGUACAAGUGCUUGGAUAAUGGUACCAUCAUUGCUGUGGAACCUGAAUGUAGUGAAGUCUCAUCACCGAUCUGUGAAAGAGAAGGAGAGAUAAUUAUUGACGUCAUUGAAGAGGGAGCAUGCUGUCCGAAGAAGAUUUGUGAAUGCAAUCUGACCAUAUGUGAAAGUGAUGUGCCAGCAUGUGAAAAUGGAGAAAAAUUGGUGAUAGGCUACAGUUCCACCUCUUGUUGUCCUGAGUACAGAUGUGAAUGUGAUGCUCUGGCAUGUCCAACCAGUUCACCACCCGCAUGCAGGGAGGACCAGUUUCUUGUUGAAGUGCGAAUAGGCGACUCUUGCUGUUUCUCAUUUCAGUGCGUGUGCGAGUCAUGCAUUGACCCAAUUCCGACAUGCAAUGAAGGAGAUAUUCUUGCAAUAGACCUCAAUACUGUGGAUCGUUGUUGCCCACUCUAUCAUUGUGUCUGUGAUGAAAAUCUGUGCCCCCCUCCUGACAAGAACUGUGCAGCUGGAAUGAAACUAGUGAAGAGACAUGUUUCAGGAGUCUGCUGUCCUGACUGGCAGUGUGACUGCACCUGUGAAAACACUACCAGUAAGACGUGUAAAGUGGGGGAAGUUCUAACAGAGGACCCUGGCUUUCAGGAUGUCUGUGGCUGUACUCGUUUCAUCUGCAGAAAAGCUGAUGUCUGCCUCUUCCAAGGUGUCACUGCACUGAAUCCUGGCCAGUCACUAUUUCAGCAUCUUGAGGGUGACCAGUGUUACAUAGCAAGUUGUUUCCAGAGUACAGAAUCAGCCACCGAAGCUCCUUCAAUGGAAGUAUCAAUAGUUAACUGUUCAGCAAAAUGCCAACCUCAUCAAGUCUAUGUUCCUUCAACUGAUCCCCAUGUUUGCUGUGGAACGUGUAAGAAUAUGUCAUGUCCUUUUGAGGAAGAUGGGAUCAUAGUUUUACAUAAUGCAGGAACCUCCUGGAUUGCUGACUGUAUCAGAUAUGAAUGUCUGGAGACAACCAUUGGAGUCAUGAUGAUCGGCUCUGGAAUUGUCUGCCCACCAUUUAAUGAGACUGAAUGCAUACAGAAAGGGGGAAUUGCGAAGCUUUACAUGGACGGUUGCUGCAAGACUUGCAAAGAAGAUGUAAGGCCUUGUCGGAAAUUACAUGUCAAAAUGAUCAUAAGAAAAGAUGACUGUCGUACCACUGGCGCUGUCCUUGUGGCUUCCUGUGAUGGUAGGUGCCCAUCAGCCAUGAUAUUCAACACUAAUAUCAACAGCUAUGCCAAAUUCUGCAAAUGCUGUCGAGAAGUUGACCUCAUAGAUCAGACUGUGCCUCUUUAUUGUGCGGGAAAUGGCACUUGGAUUAACUUCACAUUUCAAGAGCCAACAGACUGUUCCUGUCGAUGGAAUUAAACUGCUUAAAGUCUGGGUCAAACAUAUGAUUGGAGAAUGGCCUAGAAAUUGAUGGUUGUCUUACUAGAAUUAUGCUCAACUUGAUGCCACAGAAGGUAUUAAUGAAAGCAGAUCAAGAGGUAUCAUAACACCUGCAAACAAAAGAGGCUUUCACCAAUGAGCAGCUGGUGCCCAACUGACAGACAAUGUGCAGCUCUCGUUCUCUAAGAGAGACCCAAUGCCCAUUGCUGGGGUGCAUAGGACUACUAGUUUUUUUUUUGGAAGUAGCAUUUCAAGGCAAACAAAUUUCUAGGCCAAUCAACAUUCAAGACCACAUUUCAAAACAUUAAAAACAAAUCAACAAAUUGUUAUGUUAACUGCUUUACAAUUAACUUCUGUAAAUUAACUAUAGAAUGAAGUAAUUAUUUCAAGGUAAUUUUUCAGCUGUGAUGGUGACGUAUGCAUAAUCAAAUAAAAUUUGUAUUAACCUAUUUUAGAUAUUUCAUGAAUGAUACUUUAUACCUAUUAAUGGUUUCAGUAUAUAAUAAACAUUGAUUUGUACUACAAAUAUAUGUUAAAAUAGUGGUACAUGCAUUACUAUCUUUGCUUUGAGCAUAUGACGUAGAUUUCUGAUUGUUGUGCCAGGCCAGGCAGUUUACCUUGUGAACUGCUAGCAUUAUAAAUUGUAAAUUACAGUGUAGUAUCACUUACUUGGUAAACUCAUACUUAAGCAACAAAUAAUACAAUGGAAAAUUGCAAUA